CCCUGCCUCUCGCUCACCGUGCUGCAGGGUUACGCCUACUUCUUCUUCCUCCGGAUGGAUGAGAAUUACAUCCUCCUCCCUCACGGAGUAAACUUCCAGGAAGCAAUAUUCCCCGACACCCAGGAGAACAGGAGGAUGUUUUCCAGCCUUUUCCAGUUCUCCAACUGCUCGCAGGCGCAGCAUGCCCUCAGCUUCGCCAGUGACUGGGAGAUUCAAGAGGACAACCGGCUCAUGUGCUCCUCUGUCCAGAAAGCCCUGUUCGAGGAAGAGGACAGAGUGAAGAAGCUGCAGCAGAAGGUGGCAACGCUGGAGAAGCGCAACAAACAGCUACGAGAUCGGGUGAAGAAAGUCAAGAGGUCUCUCCGGCAAGCCAGAAAAAACAGCAGGCACAUGGAGCAGAUGAACCGAAAGCUCAGUGAAAAACUUUCCUCUGCAGGUGGCCAAAUUCCAUACAUUAACUCUUUAAAGCAAGAGAAUUCCCAUGCUUCCUACCUUAAAGUAUAAUGCAAGGGGAAGCGUUCAGGCCAAUGAUACUGGCAAAUUUUGCCUGCAUUAGAACAGGAUCUGGCCCUCACACCUUGUCUACACUAUGCUUCAAACCCUGCACGGAAAACAAAUCUGAACUUGCUCUAGGCACAGUGCUAGAGGAAAGGAGAACACGAACCGAAUUUAGCUGGGUGUUGGAGACACAACCCAAAGCUAUGUCCAUGCUGCCCUGUGUGAACAUGAAGGCUGGGUCACAGUCUAAAGCACACUGUGCUUCCCAGGCUGGCUCUGGCAUUGGCUGUAGGUUGCCUGUGGUGCAGAGGGUGGGAUGAAAGUGCCACCCCAGCCUGUCCCAUCCUGUUGGCCACCACAGGCACAUGACAUAGGAGCUCUUCUAGGAAGGGGCUGGCAUCAACAUGCCUGCUCAACAUGGGCUGUGCAAGCAAGACAGAGGGGGUAUAUGGAGAUGGAUGCCGUUGGAAGGACAAACAUAAAUGUUCUUCACUCCAUCAUCAUCCUCAAGCUCUUGUACCCUAUUAAGCUUGAUGAAAGUCUAUAUCCAGCAUCUGAGCAAAAGCUAUGUCUGAAUAGUUUGGACACAUGGUCAGCUUGGGCUUGAGCUCCUCUUCAAAAUGAAGCAUGGAUGUACCCAAAUUGUCUUAAGACUGUUUCUAAAUAUCAUCUUUUUGGUUUUACCAGGAAGUAUCCCAAGGGUCGCAAUAAAUCCCUCAGAUGCUUUCAGCAUUGCCCAGCCAGCAGAGUUUUAAACCACACCAUUUUGGGACUGUGUCUAGGAUAUAAUCCAGGUCCCGCAGUCAGUAGUGAAAGUAGCAUUGACUUAGAGCAGGUGCUGGAUCAAGCCUGGCAGACCAUUUCAGGUCCAGUUUUCAAGCAGGUUUAAUUUACAGUGUAGACAAGGUUUCACGUUUUGUAAUCACUGUUUGAGGUAUAAUGGAGGUUGCUGGGAAACCUCACUUAGUUACGCUUUUAUACUGUAGAGAUCACAUCAAUAUUAACAGGGCAUUAAAAUUAAGGUAGGUUAUAUAUGUAUAUAUUUUAAAAUCCUAUAGAAAAUAUUUUUAUUACACAUUUGAUAUAGUCUAAUUUCUUAAAAUAUGAAGUAAAUCCCAUUUCUUGGUUAUCUCAUUAAAAAAGUCCACCAUGUUCUUUUUUAGACAUUUAUGAUAUGACUUCUGAACUGUGGCUAAAGCACUAUGAGUCAAGGCUUCAGUAUCUGCGGCUGAUACAGUUUCCAGCUGUGUUAAUCAUAUCUUGGAUCUUUGUAGUCAAACCACCUUCCUUCACUCCAGUUCACCGUAAGAUGGGGGUGAAAGGUAGAAGAAGAGUUUUUCGUGCUUUUCUCCCCUUUUCAAAAUAGUUUUUCUUACUCCAAGCAUGAAACCUAAGGGUAGAUAUGCUUCAUGCCUUUUGAAAGGGGCAGCCGGACUUUGCCCAGCCCAGAGCAACACGAACAACCUGCCAGGGCUAAACCUGAUCUGCACAAGAUGGACCGAUCCAGAUGAUACUUUAAGAUAGUGGUCCUCAGAAACAGCAGCAUGCAAACUGCUGCUGAUCCUAACUCCAUGUUUUGCCACAUCACUGCAUGUUAGCGUAUGUGGGCUCCAUGCUGUGUCUCAGCACUUAAAAAUAGAGGAUAUCCAGGCUACAGCCCCGCUGGACCAUGCUCUAACUAACCUUGCGUUAGGAAAAGCCCAUAUCCGUUUUCAUCUGUGAGCUUCAGUCCAAGCUCACCUCCAAAGUUAACCAUUGUGUUCGCUUUUAGGAUGCUGCUGAGUUUUAAUCGCCUUCCAGUUUUGCUCCCUUUGGAAAAAGAUUUUUUUUUUUUCGCCUUCCUGAAAUAAUAUUGGCAUUUCUUAAGAUUCUAACUCCUCCACAAGCUUCCCCAGUUUCAAAGGCUCUGCCUACCGAUUCAGCACAAUUUGAGUUGUUUUGUGCUGUAGUCAGCAAUGUGAUUUCCUGAGAACUGCUACAGACCUAAGGCUUCCUUAGGUGCCAUCAAUAACCUUUUACCCAAAAACUUAAAUCCAUAGGAAAGUAAGUAAUUUUUUUGGUUUGUUUCUGGUUUCUAAACUGCUGUUUAAAUAAAAUGAACUGUUUUUCCUUG